AGUUCCCGCGAGGCCACGCCAGUGACAGCGAUGGCGGCGGAGUCGGUGCUCCAAGUUGUGGAGAAGCUGCAGGCGCGCCUGGCCACGAACCCUGACCCCAAGAAGCUUUUGAAAUAUUUGAAGAAACUCUCCACCUUGCCUAUUACUGUAGACAUUCUUGCGGAGACUGGGGUUGGAAAAAUAGUGAAUAGCUUGCGAAAACAUGAGCACGUUGGAAACUUUGCCAGGGACUUGGUUGCCCAGUGGAAGAAGUUGGUUCCUGUUGAACGGAGCACUGAGCCUGAUGAACAGGACUUUGAGAAGAGUAAUUCCCAAAAGCGCCCCAGGGAUGCUCUUCAGAAGGAGGAAGAGAUGGAGGGCGACUACCAAGACAACUGGAAAGCCUCUGGCAGCCGAUCCUACAGCCCUGAUCAAAGACAGAAAAAACACAGAAAACUCUCAGAGCUUGAGAGACCCCACAAAGCCUCUCACACUCAUGAGAGGAGAGACGAGAGAAGGUGCCACAGGGUCUCGCCAGCUUACUCUUCAGACCACAAGUCUUCUGACUAUGGCCACGUUCAGUCCCCUCCGUCCUAUGCCAGUCCCCAUCAGAUGUACGUGGACCAUCCCAGGUCCCCUGAGGAGGACCAGGAGCCCUCUGUUGGACACCAGAAACCUGGAAAAGGCCACAGUAAUGCCUUUCAGGAGAGACUGGGGGCCGGUCAGGAGCAACCCGUCAGUGGACCCCAGAGUAAAGGGGUUGUGAGCCAAAACAGAGAGCACAGAUCCUCCCACAAGGAAAAGCGCCUGGUGGAUGCCAAGAGAGAUGAGAAGUCCUCUGCUUCGAGCAGAGAGAAAUCACACAAGGUCGUCUCCAAAGAGGAAAACCGGAGGCCACUCUUAGGGGAGAGCACAAAGGAGAAACCAUCCUCUAGUGCUGUCAAGAAAGAGAAGGAAAGGGAGAGCAGCAGCAGCAAGAGGAAUUUUCUGCCUCUCUUGGAGGUUGCUUCAGACAACCACGUUAAAAAGCCAAAGCACAAAGACUCAGAGAAAACCAAAUUGGACAAAAAGAAGCAAAGUCUAGACAGCUUAGACCUCGGAAAGGGGGCAGGAGACCUGUUACCCAAGGUGAAAGAGAAGGUUUCCAACAACCUAAAGACUCAAGAGGGGAAACUCAAAACUUCUAAUCUGGGUAGAAAGUCAGUGGGCUCCCUCCCUAAAGCUGAGGAGGCAGAUAUGGAUGAUGAAUUUGAGCAGCCCACCAUGUCUUUUGAGUCAUACCUCAGCUAUGACCAGCCCCGGAAGAAAAAGAAAGAGAUUGUGAAAACCUCAGCAACUGCACUUGGAGAAAAAGGAUCUAAAAAAACUGAUUCUAAAAGCACAAGUAAAAACUUGGACAUAGUUCAGAAAUUACCUAAGGUGAAUGAAAGCAAAUCAGAGAAAUUACAGCCAUCAGGAGCCAAUUCAGCCAAGCUGAAAAAGGCCCCCACCGAUUCAUUGCCAGUGUUGCCGGACCUCCCACUGCCCAUGAUACAGGCCAAUUACCAUCCGCUUCCUUCCCUUGAAUCGAUAGCCUCCUUCCAACCAAAGCGAAAAGCACUCUCUUCACCCCAGGAAGAGGAGGAAGCUGGGUUUACUGGGCACAGAAUGAAUUCAAAGAUGCAGGUGUAUUCUGGUUCCAAGUGUGCCUAUCUCCCCAAAAUGAUGACCUUGCACCAGCAGUGCAUCCGCGAACUUAAAAACAAUAUCGACUCAAUCUUUGAAGUGGGAGGAGUCCCGUAUUCUGUUCUUGAACGUCUGGAGAGGUGUACGCCUGAUCAGCUAUAUCGCAUUGAGAAAUACAAUCACGUAUUAACUGAAGAAACAGAUCAGUUAUGGAAAAUUCAUUGUCACCGAGACUUUAAGGAGGAGAGGCCAGAAGAAUACAAGUCUUGGCGGGAGAUGUACCUGCGGCUUCAGGAAGCCCGAGAACAGCGGCUGCGGGUACUGACAAAGAAUAUCUGACGUGCACAUGCCAAUAAGCCCAAAGGCCGACGAGCAAAGAGAUUUGUCAACUCUGUAGCCAAGCCACCUCGUGAUGUUCGAAGAAGGCAAGAGAAGUUUGGAACAGGAGGAGCAGCUGUCUCUGAAAAAGUCAGGGUCAAGCCAGCCCUGUACCCCACAGGAAGCAGCCAUGCUCCCUCCAGCAGUGGCAGCAGCAACAGCUUUAUCCCUGAGGAGCUGGCCUAUGACGGUCCAAACACCAGCAGUGACCACUUGGCACCAGUGGUCAGCAGCACUGUUUCCCACGAUCCUAGGAAACCAACUGUGAAGAAAAUUGCCCCAAUGAUGGCCAAGACAGUUAAAGCUUUCAAGAACAGAUUCUCCCGACGAUAAACUGAGGACUUGCCUUGGAGCUGGAAUUGGGUGGUGGGGGGUGGAACUUCAAAGGAGACCCGAAUCUUUUGCUUUCUGGAACUUUUUGGUCUCUGAAUCCUGCACGGUUUCCAGGUUUUACACUUGUGAACCUGUGUGCACAGCCACUGCCUUCCUGCCUAGAGAACACUUCGGAAUUCUGAAGAAGAUGUGAAGUCUCAGUCUCACUGAGGAUUUUAAGGUCAAUGAUACUUUUGUUGUUAACUAGCCUCUUUGUAAACUAUAAGACAUAGUUUUAAUUAAUAAAUACUGUCCCCAGAUUGUAUUUAUAUUACCCCCCAGUAUUUUUUUUUUUUUUUUUUUUUGUCCUCUACUCCACACUUAGCCUUUUGUUUUCA